AAGAAGCAAGGUGGCGCGGGCGCGCGCGCGCAAGAGAGAGAGAGCGAGCGAGAUAGAGAUGCGAGACGAGAGUCCGCGUGGGAGCAGUCGAGUCCAACCAGCACGAACCCCCCGCGCGCGGCCCAGCGUCGUCUCGUCUCCAGCGGCGUGAAGCAGCAACGCAGCCAGCAUGUCGGUGCUCGCGCUCCAAGAGUACGAGUUCGAGAGGCAGUUCAACGAGGACGAAGCCAUCCGAUGGAUGAAGGACAACUGGAAGAAGUCGUUUCUCUUCGCUGCUCUCUACGUCGCCUUCAUCCUCGGGGGGCGUCAUGUCAUGAAGCAGAGGGAGAAGUUUGAGCUGAGGAAGCCGCUGGUGCUGUGGUCGCUCACGCUCGCUCUAUUCAGUAUAUUCGGCGCCAUCCGUACCGGGAGUUUCAUGGUGCACAUCCUGAUGACCAAAGGGCUGAAGCAGUCCGUUUGUGACCAGAGCUUUUACAACGGGCCCAUCAGCAAGUUCUGGGCCUACGCCUUCGUGCUCAGUAAAGCACCAGAACUGGGCGACACGCUCUUCAUCGUCCUGAGGAAACAGAAGCUCAUCUUCCUCCACUGGUACCACCACAUCACCGUGCUGCUCUACUCCUGGUACUCCUACAAAGACAUGGUGGCCGGCGGCGGAUGGUUCAUGACCAUGAACUACCUGGUCCACGCCGUCAUGUACUCUUACUACGCCCUGCGGGCGGCCGGCUUCAAGGUGUCGCGCAAGUUCGCCAUGUUCAUCACGCUGACCCAGAUCACCCAGAUGCUGAUGGGCUGCGUGGUCAACUACCUGGUGUACUCGUGGAUGCAGCAGGGCCACGAGUGCCCAUCCCACAUGCAGAACAUUGUGUGGUCCUCCCUCAUGUACCUCAGCUACUUUGUGCUCUUUGUCCAGUUCUUCUACGAGGCCUACUUUGCUCCGAAGUCCAAUUCGAGGGUCUCGGCCGCCGCCAAGAAGAGCGAGUAGAUGAAGGGGGGGGGGCGGGACCAUGAAGAAAAGGGGAGGGUGAGACGGAGGAGCAGGAACCAGUGACUUGAGACUAAAGUGUUGGCGGUGGGGGGGGUUGUUGGAAUGGGAGGGGGUGGAGGGGGGUGUGUGUGUGUGUGCUUGAGCGUUACUACUAAUGUGCAGAUCUAAAAAGCCUCGAGAAGCCGCCGCCGCCGCGAUCAGAGCCAUCUGAAGUUUUAAAUCCUGUUUUGAAUUCAUCGGGAGUAUUUUUUCUAUAACCUGAAAUCUCAUUUAAAAAAUUUAAAAAAGCCACCCAUUUGCCGCGAGCACGUUUACUUACGUACAUAUGAAGAUCGAUGGAGUCGGCGUGAACUCGCGCCAUCAGUCAGAUGUGUUUUUGUGCGUCUGUCGUCGGUGUUUUGUAGUUUUAUUUUGAAAAUCUGGAAGCUCUGGGAGAGCUGCUGGUUGGUGUGUCUUCUGUGUCUUACAUUGCAGCAAAAAAAAAUCUUCUCAGGUCUUAGGUUAUCUUUCUUAACACAAUGUGCAUAUCGAGACAAAGUAGACGUGUUCGACAUCAGCACCGGUUUACGCGGUUGUGACGAGUGAGACUGAAGCGGGCUGCGCCGACUGCCUCAGAGGAUCGCUCUGCCCCGGGGCAUGAUGGGAAACAGGAUGACACCACUGCUUCACCACUUGUCAUGACCGUGCAGAAGUUGCCGACCACACUUGUUCACGUCCCUACCAGUGAAGGAAACACUGAUGGUUUAAAUGGAGGACAAAAAUUAUUUCUUUAGCAAAAAAGAAAAGAACAAAAACAAAGAUGCAAAUUCUGCUGUAACGACUUUGAAAAAUAUGAUAUAUUCUUAAUGGUGUCUGUUGUGCUUUUGUGCAUUUGCACUGUAUCAAUGUUAAACACAUUUGUUGCUAAAAAAUGUAACGUAUGAACAAAGAGUGCGAAAAUGUGACAUGUGCCUGUGGUGAGUAUUUUAAUUUUAAUUUUGAUUGCGUGGAUCUUCUGUCACAGUAAUGACGGACGGUCAAGUUGUCUGACUGCAUCGAGCUCUCAGCAGAUCAAAGGUUCCACUUCCUGGUUCCUCCUCGGUACGAAAAGUCGAUGCUGGAUCAAAGUGCCUGGCGGCAAACACAAGUAAUCGAGAUGAUUUAAUCCAACAACUGACAACGUUUGCUGCUGGCCUUGUGUUUAAAAGUGUCACCUGACUGUACCUGACCUUCCCCCAUAGAGUGCAAUAAAGCUUAAUCAUUGAAUAAUAA